AUGAUCGCGUUCAACUCGAAACUGUGGACAUUCGUUGCCCUUGCAAUGGCUAUGAUGUCAACGCACGCAGCACCUGCCAUGUAUGCCUCGAAUGGUGUUGCGACGCGUGAGCUCGCGGCCUGUACGCAGUUGUGCGCGUUGCUUGAUGGGCUCAAAGCACAGGCUGCAACUGACGGAGCGGCAACCGCAGUAACGCGUCGCGCAGCACUGUGCGGGUGUUUCGACGAUGAGGCAGACUCAGAGGCAACAGACGCAACCGAACCAGGCACUCCGCCGGUAAAUGAGGCCGUUGCGGCUCCUGCCAGUGGAGAUGAUGAUGUAGACACGAUUGUGGGGACGAAUCUCCCGCCUGGGGCUAUUUUCGAGAACGGUGAGGUGUUGGUUUCAAGAGCAGAGUAA